AUGUUUCGGUUUGCAAUUCUUGUAACAACAGUGUUUUUCUACCUACCAUCAUCGAAAGCGAUCAAAUGUACGGAGGAGAUACUUACGCACGUGCCAACAGAAACAAACCGCUUUUGUGUCUUUCGUGAUGUCACCUGGCACCGUGGCGUCGCCGAACCGGUGUUCGAACAACCCAUCGGAACACGGGUCGCCUUCGUGGACUCGAAUCUCACCAGCAUCCCGGAUAGCUUCUUCGCUCAGGUUCCACGUUUGGAAACUAUGGUGGUCAACAACGCGCAUCUAACACAGCUGACGAUCAAAAACGGUAUGAAGGAGGUGUACGCAGAAGGCAACAGCAUUGGGCAGUUGCUUGUCGAUGGAGGAAAAUCGUUGAAGGAAUUGUAUUUAGGUAAAAACUCCGAUUUCAAAGAUCUAGCUAGCCUAUCCGCUUUAGUUGGCUUGGAGAAGUUGGGCUUGAGUGAAACGGGCAUUGCCUCAAGCUUGGAAACUAUCGACUUUGGUGCUUUCGCGCAUAUGCCCAAUCUAACGGUGCUGAACCUCGCCAACGACCAGAUACACUAUGUUGAAAAUGAGAAGGCUGUCGUGCUGCCAAACCUGAAGGUGCUGGACUUACAAGGCAAUCCAAUUAUUCCGGCAAACUUCGAGAUGUCUAUAUUCAGAAGCCUGCCAAAAUUGGAGGAACUUAACAUGUACAACACAUUGAUGAAUGAACUAUCCGUGAGUCCCAAUAUUCGAGAUGAUUUACCAGCACUGAGGAAGAUCAACAUUGGAGCAAUGAAUUUAGCGUGUAAAUUUAUGAGAGCGUUCCUAGACGAACUGAAAGACAAGAAUGUUGAGAUCCUCGGAACAUCUACUACAACUUCGACGCAAUGUAAUAUAGGAUACCAAGUGAUGGACGGAUUAUGUUGCAAAAAUGAUGGUUAUGCACCCCCGCCACCACCGACACAAAAACCGGAAGACAGACCUACCCCACCUGUAAUUACGCCUACUAAAGCACCGCAACCUGUGCCAGACACACCAAAAACUUCACCGGGAUCGGAAACAGGUGGAGAAGGCGGUUCUUCAACGGUGGUCAUUGUAUCGGUCAUCUUUGCGAUCAUCUUGCUUAUCGGGGUCGGUGUUUUUGUAGCCAUAUUCCUGAAGCGUAGGAAUGAAGCAACCCACAAGCCAGUACCAGGCCAAGAGUCCAACGACAACCUCUAAGUUUCGUCGCGUGCCAAGGGGCAACGCUAUCCCGCUAGACAUUCUUAACGGUUUCUCUUUUUCGGAAACUCCUUAACGGGAAAAAAAAACUUCUCAUUUCUGUAUAGGCCGAGGCGGGCUGACACACAAUUAGGAGCUCAAAAAAGCAAUUCUACUGUAAAAACUGCUCGAAGGCUUGAAAAAUUUUCAAAUUUUGUGUCAGCCGGGCCCGGCCCAUACAAAGUUGAGAAGUUUUUUGGUCGCACUGAGGAGUUUUUGAGCGAAACCAUUAGAAAUGUCUAGUGGGAGCCAUUCAUAUUACUGCCCCCUCUUUAUCUCAGGGUAAAUUGCACUUUCGUAUUGUUAACUUUACUCACUCCGUAACAUUUUUCAACAACGAUGCCUUACGAUACUUUCAUUAUAAAAAUAAUUCCAAAGAAUUCAAUGAAAAGCGACGUUUGCAACAAAUUGGGGAAGUGUACCAUUUUUGUCUCAACUAAUAUCAGUAGAACGCUCGAGAAUCUUUCGUGCUGUUUAAUUAAGAACUUUUUUUUAUCUGAUUUAAAUUAUGUCUUCGAAUGGAAGGAAUUUACUCAACGAAUUAAAGGGAACAAAAUAAGAAUUGUAAUUCUUGAAACUGUAAAAAAAAGUUGAGCUUGCUUGAAUCGUUUGAGCAAUAUGUUUUAGUUAAUCGAUUUUCAAUUAUUUCGUCGCAUUAAAAGCAACCAACUGUUGUUUUCCAACAGAUUAAACGAACUGUCUUCGAACUGUAAAAAACAAGUUCAGCUUGCAAAGUUAUUUGAACUAUAUAAGUACAUCAAUAUGAUCCAUCGGUUUAUAUUGAUAUUUGGUAAUCCCUAAAAUAUCCCUAAAUAUAAAUUUUUCUUAACUUUUUGAGUACAAAGUUAAAGAAAGAAUAUCUCAUGAAAACGAAUUCUUACUAACAAUACGACAGUUUUCUGAUGGACACAAGCAUUCAUUAGGGGUAGACCAAAACCGGUACACUUACUCUACCUUGCAAAGUGUGAAGAGUCAUCUUAACAAUUUUUGGUUAAUUUGCAAUAAAAACUUUUUUAUCAG